CACCCCAGUUUCCUGCUCUGGAGCUGCUAAUGAAUAACCCAUCUUACCACCCCUCCCAGGGCACCGUCUCAGGCCUGGGUGCUUCGACAACCCUGAGGUUCAGGGGACAUUCCUCAGCAGUUACUUAGCUGGGUGAUGGGAAAAAAAAAAAAUGCAGCCUAAUUGGCUAGUGGCCUUUUCUAGUGAAUGAAGGUUUCUGUUUUAAGAAGUAAAGUGACUUCUCAGCGGCUGUUGAUUCACUGCCCACAGGGAGAUUUUUGAGCAGAGGCUUCCUAGCCUCGGUAGAAAUUUGCAUACAGCUUCCACUUCCGGCUUCGGAGCCUGUUCCGCGGAUUACCUGGGCCGGGAGAGGGUGGAGGGAGGCCUGGAGCGGCCCGAGGUAGAGCGGCCCGAGAAGAAGAGAGAGUGUGACCACCCGUGGCCGGCCUGUCUGUCCUUGGCGGCUCUAAGACACUAGAAUGAACCGAAGCAUUCCUGUGGAGGUGGAUGAAUCAGAACCAUAUCCAAGUCAGUUGCUGAAACCCCCCUCGGAAUAUUCCCUGGCAGAGGAGUCAGAACCGCCUGCUCCAGAUGCAAGGAACAUGGCACCUAACAACUUGUCUGCAUCCCCAACGGCUCGGCCUUCCUCCAGAGACUUUCCUCAGGCUCACCCACCCCUGCAACUAUCAAAUCUCCAGCAGCCUGUGUCCCCGAGGGUCACCCACCUGCGCGCUAAAGUCUUGGCAGAGGGUGAAGACAGCUUGUGGAGGAGACACCCGGGUCCCAGCAAAGACUUCCCCUCAGGCUUCUCUGCAGCCGGGGAGCCCGAGACUCAGUCUGUGGCUGGAGCCCUCCCCCAGGAGCAUCAGUUUUCCCUUACAGAAAAGCAUAAUCAAUGGCUGGGAUCUUGGCUCUCAGCAACUUCCCCUGACACUGGCCAUGACUCUGACAAAUCCGACCAAAGUGUACCUAAUGCCUCAGCAGACCCCCAGAGUGGUAGCCAGGAGAUGGUGCCCCGGCCGCGUAGGAGCCGAGCAGCCCCAGACCCACCUACAAUAGACACGGGGUAUGAUUCACAGCCGCAGGACGUCCUGGGCAUCAGGCAACUGGAAAGGCCCCUACCCCUCACCUCCGUGUGUUACCUCCAGGACCUCCCCAGACCGCUCAGAUCCAGGGAGUUCCAUCAGUGUGAACCUCAGAGAUACCCAGCGUGGGCACAGAUGCUGCCCCCUGAGCCCUCCGUGCAAGCUCAGUGGAAUUAUCACUACUAUUGUCCUGGAGACCCCGACCACCAAGUGCCAUAUGGCCAUGACUACCCUCGAGCGGCCUACCAGCAAGUGAUCCAGCCAGCUCUACCUGGGCAGGCCCCACCUGGAGCCCAUGCGAGAGGCCUGCACCCUGUGCAGAAGGUCAUCCUGAGUUUUCCCAGCCCCUGGGACCAAGAAGAGAGGCCUCCACAGAGAAACUACUCUCCCCCAGGUCUCCCCAGGUAUCAGGACCAGCUGUAUAACCCGCCACCUAAUCGAGGUGGAGCUCCUGAGGGGUCCUUGGAGUGUCCUGCUGAGUUGAGGCCACAGGAUCCCCAGGCUCCUUCGCCAGCUGCUGUCCCUAGACCCCCGAGUCACCCUCCAGCCAGAGGAACUCUGAAAACAAGCAAUUUGCCAGAAGAAUUGCGGAAAGUCUUUAUCACUUAUUCUAUGGACACAGCCAUGGAGGUGGUGAAAUUUGUGAACUUUUUGUUGGUAAAUGGCUUCCAAACCGCGAUUGACAUAUUUGAAGAUAGAAUCCGAGGCAUUGAUAUCAUUAAGUGGAUGGAACGCUACCUUAGGGAUAAGACAGUGAUGAUAAUCGUAGCAAUCAGCCCCAAAUACAAACAGGAUGUGGAAGGCGCUGAGUCGCAGCUGGACGAGGAUGAACAUGGCUUACAUACUAAGUACAUUCAUCGAAUGAUGCAGAUUGAGUUCAUAAAACAAGGAAGCAUGAACUUCAGAUUCAUCCCUGUACUCUUCCCAAAUGCUAAGAAGGAGCACGUGCCCACCUGGCUUCAGAACACUCACAUCUACAGCUGGCCCAAGAAUAAAAAGAACAUCCUUCUGCGGCUGCUCAGAGAGGAGGAGUACGUGGCUCCUCCCCGAGGGCCUCUGCCCACCCUUCAGGUGGUCCCCUUGUGACCCUGCACCCCCACCCCCAGAUUACAGCUCUUGUGGCUGAGGCCGGCUGGCAGCAUUCAGGGCUGUUGUUUUCCAUCCCUCCUCGAGAGGCCUUCCAACCCCAGGAAACCUGUUCUGCAGGGGCCGCUUCCUCCUGAGACCUUGAAGGAUCUUGUCUUUGAGAUGGAGGCCAUGACUGUUCUGCAUUCCCUGCUUCUUAAACCCACUGCCGUGCACGUUCCCCCAACACUCUGAGUAUCCAGAAUGGCCCUCAGCGCCUAGCACGUAGAUAAUACAAGUGACGUUACUGUAAACACCAGCGACCACAAACACUCUCCGCUUAGGGCAACAUUUCUGAGUAUGCCAGAUGCUGUGUGUCCUCAGACCGAACUGAUUCAUGUACAAAUAAUAAAAGGUUUACUCUUUUGUAAAA